UUCAUUCUCAGUAACAUAUGUGACUUUUGAAGCCGCACUUAUACGUUCUUGUAAGAAUUUUUUGUUUGUUUUUGUUUAAAAUCAAAUUAAUUGCAUCGCGUGAAUGUGAAAAACCGUUUCGUUUUUCUGUAUUAAAAAUUGACAAUGGCUGAUGAGAGUUCAGCGAAGGAAAAUGAAGGCGAUAAGAAAAUUGUACAUACGUACCCUUUGGUGAAGCACUCAGACAUGAUCGAAGAAAUGAAGACUGACUGCAUUGAGCUGAGUAUAACGGCAUGCGAAAAAUUUGCAGCCAACUAUGAAAUGGCUGCAAAAACGAUUAAAGAUGCAAUGGACAAAAAAUUCGGAACAUUUUGGCAUGUCAUAGUUGGUGAAGGAUUCGGAUUCGAAGUGUCUUAUGAGACGAAAAACCUUCUGUAUUUGUUUUUUGGUGGCAAUUUGGCCGUUGUAAUAUGGAAAUGUUCUUAAAUUUGUAUAUGUAUUUCGAUCAUUUUUUUCCCCUUUAAAAUUAACAGUUUCAAGUUCAAAAUGUAUUUGCCUUACAUCAAUACAGGAAACCGUAUUUUUACAU